AUGGUAUGUUUGGAGACGGCGCGGGACCACCGCACAGCCAACGGCGGCGGCAUUGUCAGGCUGCGAAGCAGUCAGCCCCGGAGGCGAGGUUCAAGAGCGUGGCCAGGGGGCCAGGCGGCGUCCGACCUUGCUAGCCCCUCGGCUCCUCAACCUAUGGUGUGGUGUGGCGGAGACUGGGGCCCCAGGCCUGGUAGUGUGCGGUGUUUGGGAGGGACAUGGUCUGGACGGUGGCAUGCACUCUGCAUGGCGGAGGGAGCUGGGUGGUGGUGGGUAGGUAUCUCGGCUCUGGGGUCUGGCGGAUUUUGCCUGCCAGGUGUGUUGGUGCUAGGUUUGUACCCUGGAGCUCGGCCGAGAUGGCCCGGCUUCGCGGCUUCCACGCCUGGCUCAAGCACGCCACAGCCACAGCCACCCCCUGGGGUUGGUGUUGCUGUUUGCGCUCCGUGA